AUGUUAGCCACCACGCCUGCUCACAGUCUCAGGUACGUGGUUCCCACGCGCUCAUGGCUUCAUAGGUUUCGAUGCUCCUCCUCUUCGUCUUCUCUCGCUCCUCUCUCUUCUUCUGACUUCGCCGCUGGUAACAACAACCAGAAGGUGAACAACGACAAGCCCAGUGACGGUCCUGAGAAGAAAACGGCACCGUAUUACCCGAAACGAGGUCAGACCGUGGAGCUCGUGUGCGAGAGUUUAGGGUUUAAGGGAAAAGGAAUCUGUAAAGUUGAUGGAACUGGCUUCGUCGUCAUGUGCGACCGAGCUCUUCCCGGCGAGAGAUUUCUCGGCCGCGUCACUCGCCGGAAAGGCAGCUAUGCCGAGGUGACAAAACUCGAGACGAUAUCUCCGCACCGAGACUUAGUAGAAGCUCCAUGUGAGUAUGCAUCUUACUGUGGUGGUUGCAAAACUCAGAAUCUCUCUUAUGAAGCUCAGCUUAGAGCUAAAGAAGAACAGGUUCAUGAGCUUAUCACACAUGUUGGAAAGUUUUCUAAUAACAAUCCAAAUCUUGAGACUGUCUUGAAGCCUAUUGUUGCUUGUGAUAUCCAAUUCCAUUAUCGGAACAAGAUGGAAUUUUCAUUUGGUCCACAAAGAUGGCUUCCGGUUGAAAUGAUGCACGAGCGAGAAGAUGGUCCUAAGAACUUUGCAUUGGGGCUACACGCACCUGGAUUUUUCGACAAGGUUUUAAAUGUCGAUAAGUGCUUAUUACAAAGCGAGCCAGCAAACAUGGUUCUUGCUGCUGUUCAAGAUUGCUGGAGAGAUCCCCAAUUAAGUCUUUCACCAUAUAAUGCUCGUUCACAUGCGGGGUUUCUUAAACAUUUGAUGCUGAGAACUGGAAGGAAUGUGGAGACUGGUUCACUAGAACUCAUGGUCAAUUUUGUGACAUCGUCUUAUAAGCCAGAGCUGUUGAAGCCCCUUGUCGAUAGAAUUUCAUCAAUUCCUCAAGUGGUAAGCAUCAUGAAUAAUAUAAAUUCCUCUGUUGGAAAUACAUCGGUUGGGGAAAAGGAAUAUACUCUUUACGGGAAAGUUACAAUCGCAGAGGUCUUAAGAGGCCUUACAUUUCAAAUCUCAGCCAACUCUUUCUUUCAGACUAACACUCAUCAGGCUGAAGUGUUAUAUAAGCUUAUUGAGGAAUGUGCUGGACUUAAAGGAGAUGGCUCAGAAGUCGUGCUCGAUCUUUUCUGUGGAACUGGUACCAUAGGUCUUACACUUGCGAGAAGGGCGAAGCACGUGUAUGGUUAUGAAGUAGUUCCACAAGCAAUAACAGAUGCACACAAGAAUGCCCAAAUAAACGGCAUAGAGAAUGCAACAUUCAUCCAAGGGGAUUUAAACAAAAUAGGAGAGGAAUUUGGGAGCAAUUUCCCUAAGCCUGAUAUCGUUAUUUCUGAUCCCAAUCGACCUGGUAUGCACAUGAAGUUAAUCAAGUUUCUUCUAAAGCUUAAAUCUCCACGGAUCAUUUAUGUUUCAUGUAAUCCUGCAACGUGCGCUAGGGAUCUCGAUUACCUUUGUCAUGGCGUGGAGGAGAAGAAUAUAAAGGGUUGCUACAAACUGAUGAGUGUUCAGCCAGUAGAUAUGUUCCCUCACACUCCUCACAUCGAAUGUGUCUGCUUGCUUGAGCUUUCUUGA